AUGAAUACUACUCGAGCAGGCAGACUCGGAGGGAAUGGAAUAAAGGUAUUCCAAUUGGCUGGCUCGCUCGACGCUGUGGUAGCCGUGGUGGGAAUGCUUCCAGGACCACCUACAGUUGAGGAACCCAGUCAAGAGUCGUGGGAUCUAAAGCAAGAUAUGGCGGACGAGCAUACCAAGCGUAUUGGAUUCUCAGAUUGUAGUAUCAGAUGCGAUCAUGCCCCGCUUCCGUCACUAUUUCCAAACUUAAACUGGACUUUCGCCAAGGGCGAGUCCAGUUUUGACCAACGAAGAGCAGAGUUUGGCCAUACUUCGGAGACCCUCUCUCCCGCUCCCGAAUCUGAACCUAGGGCGGAAUAUGAAUCCACCCUCGAAAGACUAGGAGUCAUGGUGAACAAGGCUAAGCUGAAUGGGCUUUCCGAUCUUCGCAUAGUCGUCUCAGCCACGGAUCCGGUCAUGCUGCCUUCCAGAUUCUCUGACCAGCAAAUCACCCAGCAACAAGUGCUGAUCAAUCGGUGCCUAGAGAUCUCUUAUGAGCUUGGUGGGCAUGUAGAAGUCAGGUUGCGAAACGUAGGGACUUUGCGGCAAUUUGUUGUUUCCAGAGACAGCCCAGCAAAAGUCGGCAUCAGCGACCACACCAUACCCUCUUGGUAA